AUGCAGCCCGUCGACAACCAACAGUCGUUCCUUCCUCUUUACGAUCAAAAGCAGGCUCGAAGUCGCCCAGAAUCAGGCAUCUCAGCCUCUAUCUGGGCUCCCCAGCCUCUUCCUUCCGAUUCCUCUUGGCCCAAAGCCAUGGACAGCUUCGUUCGCAUUGGCGACCGUGACCGCGACAUCCAGUUUCAGCAGAACUUUGCCGAAACCAGAACGCCUUUGGUAGGUCCGACUCGUGAAGACGUCUUUGGACCUGCCGACAAGAGGCAGAUUGGCGCCAUUGGCGACGGACGAAGGAGGAGCAGCCCCGGAAUCGACAGUGCACAUGUCGAACAGUUACUUCGUACCCUGAAUCUCAAUUCACCGGCCCCCACAGCCGAACGACCCUCCUUGAACUUAAGCUUCGACGGCAAUGUCAAUGUUUCUACUUCCCCAGACUUUUCUCCUGCUUCCGUUGCAUCUGCCCUCUUGACGCCUACCGACAUGUCGCCUGCGAGGACGUCUUUCGCUGAUACAAAAGUCCAUGCCGGUUACGAAUUUCCUCCUUUACCUUAUCUAACGCAGCAGCAAGCUUUAUUUGAACCAACUACUCCCACACGCAAUUUUGACGAUCUUACUUCAUCUCACUCACCGACUUAUCGUGCUACCCAUCUUCCCUCGUCUUAUUCAUCAUCUCCCAAUAACGCCUAUUCCUUCUACGAAUCGUACUCUCAACAAUCGCCAUCCGGGCCUUUGUGCUCGCAGGCAUUGAUGACUACGCCUUCCCCUCAACGCAGGCUUGACAACGCCCGUGUCCCGCCUUUCGAUUGGCAUGCAUCUCAGCCACAGCCUUCUCUCCAGGCGUAUCCCCCUUUUUCUGACUGGAUUCGGCCUGAAGAAAAACAGCUUCCCGACUUCGCUUCAGCCAGCAUACCUCGUCAAGAGAGUUUACGUUCGUCCUUUGCUUUCAAAUCAGCUGGGCCCCAAGGGGCUCACGAGCCAAUCAACUUUUUGUCGCUCCUUCAUCCGUCUUCAUCACCUCCUUAUCUGGUCUUCGUUAACCGUAUAAUCAAGUCGUCCGAUCAGCAAGCAUCGAUCUUUCUCCAGCAGAAACUCAAAGUGGCAGAUUCUGAGGAACGUGUCAAGAUUGUAGACGCUAUCUGUACUCGCGGCUAUGAAAUGAUGGCCCAUAGGUUCGGAAACUGGGCCGUCCAGCGUUGCCUUGAAGCUGCGUCCAGCCCCGAUGAGAGACGUAAGAUUGUAGCUUGUAUGAGGGGUCGUGUUGUCGAGCUGGCCACCAACUGUUAUGGGUGCCAUGUCCUGCAGAAGGCUCUCGAUUGUGAAGAAGACAUUCGCCUGCUUAUCGUAUCUGAAUUACUCCUUCACGAUCCGGCCUCCACGCUCGUCAACAAGCAUGCCUCCCAUGUGUGGAGUAAGAUCAUGGAAUUGACUUGGACUCACCCCGCACCACCCAUUUUUGCGUAUGUCAACAAAUCCCUUCAGGGCAAGUGGGCUGCACUCGCUUGUCACGAAACAGGAUCUCUCGUCGUGCAGCACGCUUUCGAAAACUUGGAAGACAGCGCUAAGGAUGGUAUUGUUGACGAGUUACUUAACCAAGGAGCCUCAGUCUUCAGUGAAGUUGUCAAGAACCAAUGGGGCGCCUACUGUAUCCAGCACAUUCUCGAACAUGGGUCUGAUAACCACCGUCAGAUGACUUUAGAACAUUUGAUCAGCGGUCUAUUGGAGUUCUCUACCAACGAACAAGGCGCGAAGUCUGUCACCAAGGCUCUGAAAGAAGGUGGCAAAGAUACGGUGGACAAGUUUAUCAAGAGGAUGUGUGAGCCAGCCAAAGGCGCUCGGAGGGCCAUGAUCGUCGAUUUGGCCUUGUCAGUGACUGGAAGUCAGUUGAUCGCCAACGUCUUGCCAACUGCUGACAAGGAGCAGCGCGCCGCCCUUUACGACUGCAUCAGGGGCCACAUUGUGACCCUUCGUGGUUGCAAGACGGGAUCAAAAGUAAUUUGGCUCUUUGACAGAAUGGUGAGGGCCUCUUUCGCACUGUCUUCGGUUAUUCCUAAUCUUCCCGUAGCGCGCAUACUAUGGUUACUAAAAGCUUCGCCCCCUCCCCUUGAACUAUUCGCAUUUCGCAAGCUGUCUAUCAUCGUCACCGAAUCGCCGACAAUAUCUCCAUCUUUUACCACCAAAGCAUUACAUCUUCCGGAGCAUCUUCAAGAGAUCGACUGA